GGAACGUUCAAAACACAAUCGUAUGUUUCUAGGGGACACAUUGUAGGGACGUACAGACAUCAACACAAACAACUGAAGUGUGACAAUAACUGAACCUUGUUCCUGUAAACACGUGACUUGUAACGAUAUUAAGAAAACUACAGCAGCUAGCUGACCUCCUACAUUUCCAUACAGUGUCAUACUCGCUUCAGUCCGAGCGGUGACGAGCACCAGUCAAGCAUGAAUGUGAACCAGGGGACGGUGGGCAGCGACCCGGUCAUUCUGGCCACGGCUGGAUACGACCACACCGUCCGUUUCUGGCAGGCCCACAGCGGGAUCUGCACCAGGACAGUCCAGCACCAGGACUCUCAAGUAAAUUCACUUGAGGUCACACCUGACAGGAGUAUGAUUGCGGCUGCAGGUUAUCAGCACAUCCGCAUGUACGACCUGAAUUCCAACAACCCCAACCCGGUGAUCAACUAUGACGGAGUUAGCAAGAACAUCACGUCUGUGGGCUUUCAUGAAGAUGGACGCUGGAUGUACACAGGAGGAGAGGACUGCAUGGCUCGCAUCUGGGAUCUGAGGUCAAGAAAUCUGCAGUGUCAGAGGAUUUUCCAAGUCAAUGCUCCAAUCAACUGUGUGUGCCUGCACCCUAACCAGGCAGAGCUGAUUGUUGGAGACCAGAGUGGAGUGAUUCAUAUCUGGGAUCUGAAGACUGACCACAAUGAACAGCUGAUUCCUGAGCCAGAGGUCUCAAUCAACUCAGUUCACAUUGACCCAGAUGCAAGUUACAUGGCAGCAGUCAACAGCUCGGGAAACUGUUAUGUGUGGAACCUCGCUGGAGGCAUUGGAGAUGAAGUGACUCAGCUCAUUCCCAAAACUAAGAUCCCUGCCCACAACCGCUACUCUCUCCGCUGCAAGUUCAGCCCAGAUUCAACACUUUUGGCCACAUGCUCAGCAGAUCAGACCUGUAAGAUCUGGAGAACGACCAACUUCUCACUUAUGACUGAACUCAGCAUCAAGAGCAACAAUCCUGGAGAGACGUCGAGAGGUUGGAUGUGGGACUGUGCCUUCUCUGGAGACUCCCAGUAUAUUGUAACUGCGUCCUCUGACAACCUGGCUCGCCUGUGGUGUGUGGAAACCGGCGAGAUCAAGAGGGAAUACAGCGGCCACCAGAAGGCCGUGGUGUGUCUGGCCUUCAAUGACAGUGUGCUGGGCUGAGGAGGAGGAGGAGGAGGAGGGGGAAGAAAGAGAUGAAGAUGAAGUGAAAAGAGGUGGCGGUCAGUCACUGCAAAGGAAGCAUAAGGACUCUUAAGAAGAUGUGAGUGAAUUCUCAGAGGGUGUGUGUCCGUCGGCGUCAGUGGGAAUUUUUUAAAAGUUUAAAAGUUCUCCCUGAAAUUAUAAUCUUGAGAAAGCAGAGGCUUGUGUUUGAACAUAAUGACGGUUCUUCUGCCAGAUGCCUGUAAGUAUUCAAAUAUAGAAAUAAGUCUGAGUUGAAUGAAAAUACAUGGUAGUGUUUAUAAACUACCCUACACAGUUUUAACUUCAUCAUUCUGUGCACAAACCAGACCAAUUUCAAGUCUUCGUUUUUAUAGUACACCAUAUUUAUUGUACGAAAAGGACCACGUUAUUUACAGUAACUUUGUGUUUGGACGGGCCAUGGAAUUGAUUAACCUCUCAUGUGUGAUUUAUGUAUGAUUCAUUUGAUACUCUUCAUUCAGAGUCGAGUUGUAAGGUGUACUAUUCUUAAUGACCCUGUGUGGAUUAGAGAGUAAAUGAAGGUUGAGAUUCCACAGUAAAGACAAGUCUGUACUCUGUGA